ACUGGGGCAAAGACACUGCUGAUGAUGAACAGGAAGAGUAGGAACUGCAGAAAUAACAAGAUGAGGAAAGAAAAACUACGCGUCAAGAUUGUGUUCUUUUGUGACUUGUCGUUUAUUUAAAAAAAUGCAAUUAUUUCUAAAAAGCUUUCAGAGUAAUCUUUACCGAAUUAAAAAGUAAAACACGAUAAAGCUCCUUUAAUUGUAAAUAGACGAGAUCUUACUGUCUUAAUCUCAUUAUUGAUUGUCGCAAGUUCUUUGCUCAGUCUUUCAAUUCUUAUAUUCAAUAAAUUUGCUUCGUUAUUUAACAUAUUUGCUUGAUUAUUAUAUGAGACUAUCAUUGCUUAGUUCUUUUUUUUAAUGUCGAUAACACAAUCGGGAUCCUUCACCUAAAAAUAUCGUAAGAUCAUUUCUUAUUCCCUUUUCUGAAAGAAAGGGUUAUACGACGGUUAAAAAUGCUUAAAGUUUGUCUGUCCGGCCAAGUCAAUCAGAAUUUAGCAUGCUCUAAACCAAUAAAAACUCAGCAAUAGUUCCCAGAGAAAGUCUGACCAAAGGGCACUCGAGGUCGAGGAAUCCGGAUCUGUGGUAAGUUUUAUUAUUAGUAAGUAAUGUAAUAAUUGAUUAAUAAAUAACAAUAUUAGUCUUUAAUAAAGUUUGACCGAAAAGCAAUUGAGGUUGGGGAAUUUGAAUCUGAGGUCAAUUUUCAAUUUAUAAUUAAUAACAAAUAAUAAUUAUUAUUUAAUAAUUUUUUCAUAAUAUUCUCUGUAAAACUUGAUCAAAGGUAAUCGAGAGUGAAGAAUUUGAACCCAGGGCCAAUUUUUCAUAAUUAAUAACAAGUACUUAAUGGUUUUUUAAUAAUGUUUUUCAUAAAACUUGAGCAAAGAUACUUAAAUGUAGGGAAUCCGAAUCUGAUGUCAACUUUUCUCUGUUAUUUAAGUUUCCUCACUGAGCUAAAUAGAUUGUUUUUCAUAUUUGUACCUGGUUGUAGCUUGUAUGAAUGCGAGCGAGAACUAAGACAUCGUUAGAUUCAAAUAAUCCUUUCUUUGCAUAUGCAUAUGUCGCAACAUGAUCCAGAAAGAAAAAAGAUAUUGCAUUGAAGAGCUGUUUAUACACGAAGAGAAUAAGAUUUACCGUUUGCAACGGGAAAAAGAAUAAACGUAAGAUUCAUUACUUUUGUGGAUAAAUCUCUUUUCCAAAACUAUUUCUGAAUGGUAUCAAACACAUCUUUUUAAUUUUAACCAAAUUUAGUUUUGAUUGCUGCUUUUUAAUGAUGCAAUUCUUCUUUGAAUUGGCAUCAGGUAAAAGAAAUUUCCAAUUUAUUGAUUUAUGAUAUAUUUGUAAGAAGUGAAAUGACUUAGCUGCUGUUGAAUAACAUUCUCGUCAGCGAAUGUAUCCUUCUUUCAAAAAUUUCAGCUUUAUACUAUCAAUCGAUAAAAAGUCAACAAACAAGAAGAUAUUCUAGAGAAAGAAGUAAUAUGUCAAAUGUUCAACAAAACAUAAAAUAACUAAAUGAAAAGCAAAAGGUCUUUAUUAGCAAUUAGAUUUAUUUUUCAAUGCCAACAAAAAGUUUUUCAUCAUUCGACGAUAGAGAGUUUUCUCCUUUUUCUUGCUGCUAUCUUCAUCUUUUUUCCACGUUCACAUAGUAUAUAUGAAUUAUGUAUCACGUGCACGUGUGGAAGCACGAUUAAGAUAAAAGAGAGAAUACAAUAACUUUUCUUGAAUAGCAAGAAGUUCUUGUAGUUGUUUCAAAGGAAAUAUAAUUAUUUACAGUGAGUGAUUGGAAAAAUCUUUUCUUUUUUUGUUUAUUUUUCUAAUGGUCAAAUUAUUCAUUCUAUGGCAUAGUUUAGACUUCAGUGGCAUUAUCGGCUGAUGCAUUACUUGCAUAUGCAUAUGCAUAUGAUAAAUUAAUUGCGUCUCAAUUACGUCUUGGUGUAGAAUUAAUUCGUCCAAAUAUUUCCUGUACUGAUGGUCGUGGAUGA